AGGUUUAGGAAAGAUUCUACAUAUUAACCGUCUUAUUUGGAGAAUGUGGUUGUGUUUAUCAAAAUUGAAAAAUGUGUUUCUGAUGAUUAUUGUCGCUAUUUGGGAUGUCUGUCAAACGUAUGAAGAUGAUCCCUGUACUUCCUACAAUGAAAUCUCAGACCUACUGAAAAGAAGUCCAUCCUACAAUCAGGAUGUGAUGCCUCUCUGUGACAAACACCUGACUACUGGGUGGUAUAGGGCAGGGUAUCUUAAAAUGCCAACAUCUCCACCUGCUCUCGGAUCUUGUGGGACAAAUUAUCCAGUCUGGUUAAAUGGUGAUCAUCCUUCUACAAAUGAAAUGAAAAAUGUUACAGUUUGCAAGGUUGGAACUGCAAAUCCAUGCUCACAAGAAAUCGAUAUAAGCGUGAAAAACUGCAGUUCCUACAUUGUUUAUCAACUUCCCCAAGUCAAUUGCUGUAACUCUGCUUAUUGUUUUGAAUCUGACCAAAAGUGUACUCUAGAUGUUCCAAAGGAUCCUUCUGUUUCUUAUUAUAAUCUUUCAUGGAAUCGCAAGGAUUUUGGCAGGGGUUUUAGUAGAUAUGACCCAAGUGUAAAUUUGAUAUGUAGAUUUACGCCCUUAAAGGACGAUUCGUUGUUUUACGAUAUUUCUUGGUAUGUAGACGACCUUGAAGUAGUUAAAGGUCAAACUGUUACCUCUCAUACACUAGACCAUGCCCUGCUGUCUGCUUUCGACAUACUAAAGAAAAACAAAACAGCGGGGUCUAUGAUUCAUUGUGUUGUCGGAAGGAAACCAAUUGAGGAUGGCUCUUCGUGUGCCGCAAAAGCAAGCCCACUAUUUUUUGCUGGCAUUAAAGUUUUGACUCCCCAACUUUACAUUAAGAAAGGAAAUAGUGCUGAUUUGAAGCUGCAGUUAACUAUACCAUAUGCAGAUGAAACUUUCGUGAUACCGGCCGGUUAUGCCCAUAGUGCACAAGAACUGAUUGUGAUUGUCAAUAUUUCUACAAAUACUUUACUUGAAUGUGACAGGGACUAUAUGGUAUAUAAGCGUAAUGAUUUCAUGAUUUGUGAAAUAAGGAUUGAAGGAUAUUCAUAUCAAGAACGAGGUAAUUAUGGAACAGACGUUUGGAAACGGAUAUACAGUAUGUCCAUACACAAUCACAACUACGGAGACGUUGCUUUGUCUGAUAGAGUAGUGUCAUUGCAAUUGAGAACUCGGAGUACCCAUGGUUCAGGAAGCAGAAUAUUCAGCAAUAUAAAAUUACAAGAAAUACAGGUAAAUAUCUAUAGCGACCAAGCACCUCCUAAACCAACAGUGCCUUCAACAACACUACCAACCUCUGAUGACUGUGCAGCAGUUAUCUUUGAUACAAGUACUCCAUCCACUCCGAUGAUGAUGACGAAAAAUAUGACAACAUCCCUGACGUCACAAGCAGCAACAACAAAAUCAAAGAUAAUUUUAAACAAAACAAAAUGUAAGAAACGUAAAAGAACGAGAUUUUAUUUUUGCAUAAGGGUCCGUGUACUGAGGAAUCUCGUUCUUGUAUAAAUUUAGAGUUGGCCGUCCUCAUCAACAAAUGACGUAAUCAUAUAAAAAUAUUAAGUAACAUAUUAACAUACAAAAACUAAAUGUACUGCAGUACUAGUGCUCCUCGUCCUUUAAUAGUGAUUAAGCGUAUAUGGAGCAACACUUUGUUAUGUAUUCCUAUCAGGAAUUGUGAACUAAAUGUGAAAGACACCGAGCAGCGAAAAACAUGUGCUAAGGUCGCUUAAAAUGAUAACAACCAAAAUGUAAAUGUUGCCUUCAAUUAAUAAUAUUUAAGUUUAUAGCCACUGAUGUAUAAAGUUUAAGUAUUUAUAUAGUUAAAAAUAUUCUUUUUUGGCCUUAUCAUGAUAAAUAAGGUUGAAAAGGAAAUGAAUGCAAAAUUAAUUCUUCAAAUUGAGCCUUCAAAUCAUCUCUAAAAUAAAUUCCUAAAUAAAAAUUUAGCAUCGUCCUUUAUGGUCGGGUGUUGAAAGGAUUUUAAAUAACGAAGGAGACCGGCGUUUUUAUUACAAGAAGACAAUGUAUGAGAGAAUUCGACUGGAGAAGAGGGAGCACCAAAACAUAGUGAGUAGUAAUGUCAUUUUUGGGUCUUAACAGCUUCCACACUGUUUUUUACCCUUUCAUCCAAUUUAUUUUGAAUCCUUUUUAAAUUUAAAUGUUAACGUUGCAAUAUUCUAUCCUGGUGAAAAAAAUGUGAAGUUUUAACAAAAAAUAUUUAGUUCAUACAAGUUUAUUGUUUUAAGCAGAUUUUGCAAGGGAAUAA